CUCGCUGCUUUAAGUUUGACGCUUUUUUUUUUUUUUUUUUUAAUUGGUAAUCCUUCGGUAGGGGGGGCUUUUGCGGAAGCUGCGGUCUGUCACGAUGAGUUUUCUGCUGCCCAAGCUGACCUGUAAGAGGGAGGUGGAUCAGGCGAUAAAAAGCGUGGCGGAGAAGGUUUUGGUUCUCCGGUUUGGAAGAGAUAACGAUGCUGUUUGUCUGCAGCUCGACGAUAUUCUUGCAAAGACAGCUCAUGACCUAAGUAAAAUGGCAGUCAUCUACCUGGUGGAUGUGAACAACGUUCCCGUGUACACCCAGUAUUUUGACAUCAGUUAUAUUCCUUCUACUGUAUUUUUCUUCAAUGGACAGCAUAUGAAGGUUGAUUAUGGGUCUCCAGAUCACACCAAAUUUGUAGGAAGCUUCAAAACAAAGCAAGACUUUAUAGAUCUGAUUGAAGUGAUUUACCGUGGAGCAAUGCGUGGAAAGCUCAUUGUAAGAAGUCCUAUUGAUCCCAAUAACAUUCCUAAAUAUGACCUUCUCUACCAAGGAAUUUAAUGGGCUGGCCUGAGAUAAAGAAUUGUGAAACUGGCAGAUACUCUAGAUAACUUUUCGAGCAUUUUUAGCAACUGCUGACACUGUGGGACAUUUCAAGCAUUUGCAUUGAAGGAUCAUAUUGGUCUCCUUCUGAAGACAGAUGUUCUGUCACCUAAUGCUUCUCUCGUAAAUAAAGCUACGUGCUCAACAUGUA